CUCGUUCUCCGACUACCACCCAUCACGCGAGUGAUCACCAGUACCCUUCCGCCUCGUCGACUUGCCUCCUCUCUCUCUCACAGCAGAAAGAAGAAGCAGACAAGCUUAAAUACUUUCUCUCUGCCCUGUGCUCCCAAGCAGCAGUCUCGAAGCUAUCUCACCGAAGCUAUUCGUGCCCACCAAGCUCGCAAGAUGGCCGGUGCUCCUCAGCUCGACGGCUUCUUCAGCCAGGUCGACACCCUCGCUCCCAAGUUCAUCGAACGCCUUGCUGCUGCUGUGGCCAUCCCCUCCGUCUCUGCCGAGGAUGCCCGCCGUCCCGAUGUCGUGCGUAUGGCCCACUUCCUCGAGACCGAGCUCAAAGGCCUGGGUGCCGAGGUCGAGCUGCGCCCUCUGGGCAAGCAGCACGGGAAGGACAACCUCGACCUCCCGCCCGUCGUGGUAGCCCGCUAUGGCAACGACAAGAACAAGCGUACCAUCCUCGUCUACGGCCACUACGAUGUCCAGCCCGCCGAGAAGUCCGAUGGUUGGGCCACCGAGCCCUUCACACUGACGGUUGCCGAGGACGGGAAGAUGCUCGGCCGCGGCUCGACUGAUGACAAGGGACCGGUUCUGGGCUGGCUGAACGCCAUCGAGGCCCACCAGAAGGCCGGAGUCGACUUCCCCGUCAACCUGCUCAUGUGCUUUGAGGGCAUGGAGGAGUACGGUUCCGAUGGGCUGGACGACUUCAUCAUGGCGGAGAAGGACAAGUACUUCAAGGAUGCUGAUGCCGUCUGCAUCAGCGACAACUACUGGCUCGGCACCGAGAAGCCCUGCCUGACCUACGGUCUGCGUGGGUGCAACUACUACAACAUCGAGGUGUCGGGCCCUGGGGCCGACCUGCACAGCGGUGUGUUCGGUGGCACGGCGCAGGAGCCCAUGACCGACCUGAUACGGGUGAUGGGCACCCUCGUCGACACCGACGGCAAGAUCCAGAUCCCCGGCAUCAUGGAGCAGGUUGCCCCAGUCAGCCCCGAGGAGGAGACCCUGUACGAUAGCAUCAGCUUCACCAUGGAGACCCUGCACGAGUCGCUCGGCAGCAAGACGACCAUCUUCGAGGACAAGAAGCCCACCCUGAUGGCCCGCUGGCGAUACCCCUCCCUGUCCCUCCACGGGAUCGAGGGCGCCUUCUCCUCCCCCGGCGCCAAGACCGUCAUCCCCGCCCACGUCACCGGCAAGUUCAGCAUCCGCACCGUGCCGGACAUGGACAUCGACAAGACCAACGAGUGCGUCGCCAAGUACGUGCAGGAGCAGUUUGCCAAGCUCGGCUCCAAGAACACCCUCAAGGUCUACCCCCAGCACGUCGGCAAGUGGUGGGUCGCCUCGCCCAAGCACUGGAACUUCAGCGCCGCCGCCAAGGCCGUCGAGAGGGUCUGGGGCGUCGCGCCUGACUUCACGCGUGAGGGCGGCAGUAUCCCCGUGACCCUCACUUUCGAGCAGGCCACGGGCAAGAACGUGCUUCUGCUGCCCAUGGGCUCGUCGACGGACGGUGCGCACUCUAUCAACGAGAAGCUGGACAAGAGGAAUUAUGUCGAGGGCAUCAAGCUCCUGGGUGCCUACCUGCACUAUGUGGCUGUUGAGCCUGCGCAGUAGUGUAUGCAUAUCAUGUAGUCCUAGCGAUAUUAACAUGGAUUGCAAAAAUGAAGAUACCAAGCAAUGUUCCCAUGUCCCGCAUUCUGGACAGCGUCCAGAGGCCCCUCGUUUUCUAUUAUACUUUAUGACGCCAAAUCAGAUCCACUUGUAUCC